AUGAAUAUAUGUGAACCAUCUAAUUCAUUCAAUUGUAAUUCUUUCAAUACUCGCCUUAAGAAUGAUGAUUGGCGACCAUGUCAACAAUUGCUGUUGACACGCUUUGUACCUGUUCAAUGUUCAAAUAUGUUUCAAACAAUCAAUCAAGAUUAUGGUUCAUUUUAUCAUAAUCAACGUGUAUCAUUAUGUCAGCCCGAUGUACUCAAAGAGAAAGCUUAUCGUCAACAAGAACGAUUUGCGAAUUCGUUUCUCACUCGAAUGUGUCCGCGAACAUUGUCUGAUAAAUCGGGUAAUAGUUUGUUUUCGCAACAAAAUAUCGAAACAAUGAAAAUAAUCCAUCGGAAGAAAUUCAAUGCAUGUCAUACCGAUGAAACUAUCGUCGAUUUCUUUAUCAAACAAAUUCAAUGUCGAUUGAAAGAUCUUAUCAAUCCAUGCGAUUACGUAGAUAUAUUCAACUGUGCUCGAUUGUUAAUUGCCGAUUUGUUGAAUGAAAAUCCUUCCUUAUGUGCAGACGAUAUAGUCGAUCGAGUAAUUCGAAUGAUGAACGUGCCUAGUUGGUGCGGUAAUAAUAAUCCUUCACGAUUAUGCGCCGAUUCUUGUUAUCCAGUAACACCUCCAUCAUCCGGUCUAUUUCUACUGACCAAUCCGGUGUUCGACUGUUAG